UAUCAACCUCGAGCCCACGCGUACUCUAGCCCCAGGUUAGCACGUUCCGUCCCGCUUGUUGCAUACAGUUGAACGUGACUGCAAUGAGCACGACGAAUGCCUACAUUGCCCUGUCCCAGACCCCAACGGAGGACGAAGCUCACUGGGAUGAUAUCGACAUAACGUCUUCUGCGCCAACACGGCGUCGGAAUUUUGGUCUCCAAUCUAAAUGGUUUGAGAGUUUGCAGGUACAAUGGCGAGAGACGUCAUCGCGCGUAACCACCUUUGUUGGGACGAACCUGGGGAUGCUUUUGAUCAUAUUUGCGCAAUUCUUCUUCGUAUGCAUGAACCUGGGAGUCAAGCAGCUGGACAGCCUCGAUGUGCCCAUGCACACCCUUGAACUCAUCGCAGUCCGUAUGGCUAUCACCUUGGCGUGCUGUAUAUUAUACAUGGUUAUCAUGAAGAUUCCAGAUCCUUUCCUUGGUCCCAAAGGUGUGAGGCUGUUGCUGGUGAACAGAGGCCUGUGCGGAUUCUUCGGUCUGUUCGGGAUGUAUUAUUCCCUACAGUACCUUUCAUUAGCAGAUGCGACGGUCUUGAGUUUCCUUAUGCCACUGUCAGCAGCAUUAGGUGGAUACCUCAUCUUAAAGGAACCUUAUUCGAAGCGUGAAGCAUUUGCAGCCAUCGUAAGCUUGCUUGGUGUCAUUUUAAUUGCUCGACCGCCUUUUCUGUUCGGUAAUACUUCCAGCGUCAACUCGGACAGCAGUGAUGUGGCUUCUAGAGCCACCGCGGCAGAUAGGAUACGAGCUGUCUGCGUUGCUGUUUUUGGAAUUAUCUUAGGGACUGGUGCCUUGUUGUCAAUGCGUGCGAUAGGCAGACGCGCUCAUCCGAUGCAUCUUAUGAUGUUUUUCUCUGCGUGGUGUACAUUCGUAGCCUCUGCUGCAAUGUACUUCAUGAAGAUCCCAAUUGUUUACCCUCACAACUGGCAAUGGGCUGCCAUGCUGAUUUUCAUCGGACUUUCUGGUUUUUUUGCGCAGACUUUAACUACGAUCGGCUUUCAACGUGAGACUGCAGCACGCGGUUCUAUGUGUCAAUAUAUACAGCUCUUAUUUGCUGGUGUCCUGGAAUACGUGUUUUUCGGCACUGUUCCUUCGACACUAUCGCUCAUUGGAGCCGCCAUCAUCAUGACGACAGCUAUAUAUGUUAUUGUUUCAAAGAAGGGUUCACCGAAGGGACCUGAGGCCAUUAGCCUCAGAGAACCGGAAUCCGCCCUUGAGGAAGGCCUGUUGUCUGCUGAAUCGCUAAACAUGACGAUUAAACUUGCAGAUACGAGCUCAAGCGAGAGGAUAGAACAUGACGAAGACUUGAACGAAAAACCGCCAUCUUCAUGAAGUUUAUGACCCCACAACCUACUGUCAUUGCAACUGCAUAUGCCAUUGGUGAUGGUACUUCAUCCGGCUGAUACGAAGAUGACGAA